UGUCCUGCAGAUUUGGGGGAGGAUGCCGGCGUCUACAUGGAAUUCAUGAUGAAGAGCCCAUGUUAUGACGCUAUCCCUACAAGCUGCAAGCUGGUUGUGUUUGACACCUCGCUACAGAUAAAGAAAGCCUUUCUAGCCUUGGUGGCCAAUGGGGUGCGAGCGGCCCCUCUCUGGGAUAGCAAGCAGCACUGCUUUGUGGGAAUGCUGACCAUCACUGACUUCAUCAACAUCCUGCACAGAUACUACAAGGCUCCGCUGGUUCAGAUAUAUGAACUGGAGGAGCAUAAAAUCGAGACAUGGAGAGGUAAAGCUGAUACAGGGUACUUGGAGUUUCUCUUCACGCCUUCUGUCUUUUCCAGCUUGUUCCGUGCCGUCUACUCCCUGAUCAAGAACAAGAUCCACCGGCUGCCGGUCAUGGAGCCCAUAUCCGGGAACAUCCUGCACAUCCUUACACACAAGCGCCUGCUGAAGUUCCUCCAUAUAUUUGGGGGCACCAUUCCCCGACCUCGCUUCCUGCAGAAGACCAUCUUGGAGCUGGGCAUCGGGACCUUCAGGGACGUAGCCGUCAUACACGAAUCAUCCAGUAUAUACAACGCUCUGGAGAUCUUUGUAGAGAGAAGAGUGUCUGCCCUCCCCGUAGUAAAUGAGGCUGGGCAAGUUGUUGGUCUGUACUCCAGAUUCGACGUCAUACACUUGGCAGCACAAAAGAUCUAUAACAACCUGGACAUAACAGUGGGCGAGGCUUUACGGCGGCGCAGCUUGUGCCUAGAAGGUGUCCUGAUGUGUUACCCGCAUGAGACCCUGGAGACAGUGAUAGACCGCAUAGUAAAGGAGCAGGUUCAUCGGUUUGUACUGGUGGAUGAAGAACGCCGACCCCGUGGAAUUGUGUCACUGUCAGACAUCCUUCAGGCCCUGGUUUUAACCCCCGCAGGUAUUGAUGCCCUUAAUUCCUAA